CUUGAACCUCCUUCUGGAGGAGCUACGGCCAACAAACAAAUGGUGGCAAUGAUGAAACCGGCGAUGGUCGCAGCGAAUGAACAAUCAGAAUUUCGAUCCCAGGCUCUCUCUCUCUCUCUUUCCCGCUCUCUAGAAAGAGCCGCAACAGCGCGGGUGGCGACGGAGCGAGAUAGCAACGGUGACGGUGGAGCAGCUGCGGCGGUGAGCAGGGGACAACUGACAAAUGGAAAUUGCCGACGGCGGAGUGAAACACGCUCGCUAACUUUCUAGUCUCUCCCGCUUUCUUUUGGGCUUUUGCCCCGCCCUUUUUUUAUCAUCUUUUUUGGGCUAUUUAGUUUAAAACGGCCCACACAAUAUGUGGGCUAAAUACCCACUUCCGUGCUUCCUAGCAAAUUCUCUCUCGCCAUUUUGUACGAUCGGAGAGAAAGCUCUCAUUAGGGUUUUGUGAAACUCAUCGGCGGGGAAGAGAAAGCAAGCAAACGAACGAUGAUCGGCGGCAGCUCCCACUGCCCUACAUGUAAACGCAGAAAGAAAGCUCGGAAGAUCAAAGAUAGGCUCAGCGAACUCCCCGACCAUCUCCUCCGUCGCAUUCUCUCCUUCGUGGACUCGAAAUUCGCCGUCCAAACUUGCCUUCUCUCCCGGCGGUGGAGAUCCGUCUGGAAAGGCGUCCCUGCCCUCAAUUUGGACUCCAAAUCCUUCAACAACGCUGGCCAUAGCUUCAACAAGUUCGUCUCCGAAAUCCUCUCCCGCCGCUACGACUCCGCCCCAGUCGACGAAAUCAGCUUGGAAAUUAGUGACACCUUUGAUCUUUCUUUAGGUGAGUCUGUCUUGAUGUACCAGAAGCUCUUCGAUUACGCGGCCUUGCAUGAGAUUCGAUCCUUGCGCGCCGCCGAUUAUGAGGGUGAAGAGCUCUGGUACUAUUUUAACGAAGUGGGAUUCGGUUCCUCUGCUUUCAGAAUGCUCGCGACUCUGCACCUGGAGGGCUGCCAGGUGUACUGCGCCGGCAGCAUCGACCGGCUCGACCCGUUCUCCGAUUUCCCCAAUCUACGUGAUCUAUCCCUGACGCGUUGCAGCUGGAGGAGUGACGGUGAAGAUGAUGGCGAGGAGGAACAUCCCCUCUGCUUGAGAAUCUCCGGGAUCAAAUUGCUGAAUCUCAGGAUAGAAGGGCUGUGGUACAUGCGCAAGAUCGAAAUAUUCGCGCAGAAUCUCGAGUCAUUGUACUACGGAGAAGAUAGAGGAGUGGACAUUGGACUAGAAGCCUUGAACUGCAUUGGCAUACUGUCAAGGAGCUUCAAAAGGAUCACGAUCUGUUCGACGGCCAAGUUUCUCCUUUUACUCGCUUGAAGACGUUGAUCUUCAACGUGAGAGGAUCGUUUCGCAUCCCUGAUUCGGUGUCGCGUUACUUCUUCGGUAACCCAUCUAACAAGGAAAAGAAGUCUACUGAGUUUAAGGUGGACAAAAAAUAGAGUGAGUUCAA